AUGUUCUACGACCUCAACAUACCCUGGCCGCAAGUGGCCGGACCCGUUGCAUCCUCCUCCUCGUCAUCAUCAUCGUCACAAGCAACGGCUUCCAAGAAGAAAUCGAAACAACAGCAGCCGCAACAACCACCUCCAGCUGCAACCUCCGCAACGGCAACUCCAGGUUCACCUUCGACUCCCCUUUCCGCCUUGCGUCCAAAGGAUGCCACUCUGCUGGCACAAACUGCGCUCGAGCUCGAGCAGCUCAGAUACUCGCACGUUGCCUUCAACCAUAUAGUCCAUUCCAGGUACGACCCUGCCAUCCAUCCAAACCUGCUAGCGCCUCACCGAGACGGUCGACCCAACCCGCCUUUCCCCGAACUCGACCCCAGGACACGCGCGAGCAUCAAAGGAAAAGCCAAAACCCAGCCUUUCCGCGAUGCGUCCGGACUCACCCAGCUCAGUCGACUCACGCUCGUGCUUGAUGACCAGUCCAUGGCCAAAUCCGGCAGCGGCUGGGUCACCAACAAUGCCACCGCCUUGCAGAGCUACGACCUGCUCGCCGUGCGUCCCACCAACGAAGCUGCCUUCCAACACGCUUGCCUGACGCUCAGCGAACUCAAACCCUUCAGCAUUGACAUUAUCUCGCUCGACUUUGGUGCGCAGCCCCGCCUGCCCUUUUUCCUCAAACGCUCCACCGUCAAUGCUGCACUCGAGAACGGCGUCCAAUUCGAGGUCACCUACGCCCAGAUUGUGUCCGACGACGGUACAAAGGCGAGGCGCAACCUCAUCAGCGGCGCAAGGGAUCUACUGCGUGCCACCAACGGCAAAGGCGUGUUCUUCUCCUCCGGGGCCACCGACGCCCUAUCGCUUCGAGCGCCUUACGACGUCAUCAACCUCGGCGCCAUCUUUGGUCUGAACCCGUCCGCUGCCCGAGACGCCAUCUCGAACAACUGCAGAAGCCUCAUCUUGAGAUCCCAGACGCGCAAGACGUAUAGAGGUGUCGUCUCGCAUCCCGUCGCCGUGCUCUCCGCACAUACUCAGUCUAAUCAAAAGCCAGAAGUACCUCAAGCGGCUACAAAAAAGCGCAAGUCUCCCGACCUCGCCGAGCAGCUUGCUCCUGCCGCCACCCAGCAGCACCAAAACAACAACAACAACAAAAAGGCAAGGGUGUAG